GAGAGAAAUCCGAGAGCUACGCACCGCUACGGCUACGUCAUGUCGCUCCAAUACUGUAAAUUCUGUACGUGACGAAAUAUGUUUUACAAAUGUAAUAAAACGCAUGAUAUCAUAAACAACUAUAGUUUUACAUAUCAGUCGCUUAUUUGAUUUUCAGGGCCAAACGUUAAAAAUAGAGAUACUAAUAAGGAAGCUACAUAACAUAUCGAUGUAAUAAAAACAGGAAAACGAAUAUGCUAGCUUAUCACUAAUAUCGACAAUGAGUAUGGGUGCCAUCAGAACAUAAUACAUAAUUAAACCAUUAUCGUAUAAAAUGUUAGCCGAAAGAUUACGAACAUUUAUUCAGUACAUGCUGAGUAUAAAUGAUACUAAAGAAG